AUGAACUGGCUGUUCCCGCUCGCCAAGGGCGGCGCCGCCCCCGCCUCCGCCGCGCCGCCCGCGCGCACCGGCCUCCAGCAGCAGCGGCAGCGCCAGGUCGAGUCCCUGCGCGCCGCGCACGCCUCCAUUGCAGAAAUACAGAAAGAUGUGGAAUAUCGACUGCCAUUCACUGUAAACAACUUGACAAUUAACAUUAACAUUUUGCUUCCACCUCAGUUUCCUCAGGAAAAGCCAGUCAUCAGUGUUUUCCCACCUGUGAGACAUCAUUUAAUGGACAAGCAGGGGGUAUAUGUGACCGGUCCAUUAAUAAGUAAUUUUACAAUGCAUUCAGAUCUUGGAAAAAUUAUUCAGAGUUUACUGGAUGAGUUUUGGAAGAAUCCUCCAGUUCUAGCUCCUAGCUCAACGUCAUUUCCAUACCUUUACAACAAACCAGCUGGAAUGCCUCCUUUUGCUCCUCAGGGGUUUCCAUUUCUCCCUCCAUAUCCACCUCAAGAAAACAGGACAAUGGCACCCAUGCCCAUUUCUGAAUCAGUUCCUUCAAGCUACACUACAGACAAGCCUGCUGCUCCCUCCUAUGGCUUGAUUGCCGAUCUGCCGCUGCCUGUCCCCACAGCAGAGGUGGUGCUGCAGGUUGGCCAGAAUGGAUUUACAUACAAGAUGCCUGAUAUUCCUGAUACCUUUCCAGAGCUCUCAGAACUAAGUAUAUCACAGCUGACCAGUAUGAAUGAGCAAGAGGAGGUGUUACUGGAACAGUUUGUGACUCUUCCACAGCUGAAGCAAGUCAUUACUGACAGAGAUGAGUUGGUGAAAAGCAUUGAAGAGCUGGCAAAAAAAAACCUGUUGCUGGAGCCUAGUCUUGAAGCAAAAAGACAGACAGUGUUGGAUAAAUAUGAGCAACUCACGCAAAUGAAAGCAGCCUUUGAAAAAAAGAUGCAAAGACAGCAUGAACUUAGUGAGAGUUGCAGUCCAAGUGCUCUGCAGGCCAGACUUAAAGUAGCUGCUCAUGAAGCUGAAGAGGAGUCUGAUACUAUUGCAGAAGACUUCUUGGAAGGCAAAACAGAGAUAGAUGACUUUCUUAGUAGUUUCAUGGAAAAGAGAACGCUCUGCCACUGCAGACGAGCCAAAGAGGAGAAACUUCAACAGGCAAUAGCAAUGCACAGCCAAUUUCAUGCUCCACUAUAGACUUCCUGCAAACUACACCUGCCAAGAGAACGAAUGAAAACCCCAAUAAAGCACACUUUUUAAUAACUAUUAUUUGCAAAUAAGCAUUUCAUCUUAUCUGGUUGUAUUUAUAGAAGAGAUUGUAUACAGAGUUGGGAUGGUUUUUGUACAAAUUAGAAUGUCUCUUUAUAUUCUCAUUGUACUCAAGAAUCCUUCUAUUGCAAUCUUUGCAUUAAUUUCUUGUAUUUAUUGUUGAUAGUUAUAAUAUUUAAGUUCCCUGCUGCUAUACUCCAUUGUUCAGAGAUUAAAUAUCUAAACAUGUAAUUUUGACUAGCUUUUUACAUUUUUAUAAAAACAUAAUUCAUAUCUUUUGUAUUUUGAAUUUUAACCAUAGAUUUGGCUUAAUCUGUGGAAGACUUUAAGUGAUAGGACUCUGGAAACUAAAAAAAAUCUUAAUGGAGAUUGCCACUGGAUUCACAAGCUGUCUUUUCUUGAAGCCAAAAUAUUAAAGAACAAAUUUUUUUACUUCUAAGUAAUAAUAGAAAACUAAGUAUAGCUUGUAUUGUGUUUUGGAUGAGUAGAUUGGGGAUUAAGCAAAGGAUGUGUUGGAAAAAAAUUAUACUGGAAUCAAAAUAGAAUAAAUGAUAUCUGCAUAGAUUUGUUAUGUUGCUUAGUAGCACUGAUGCACUGAUUUCAAGAGUGGUUUGGUACCUACCACUAAUUAAACACAAUUUUCAUCUAACAAGUUCAUUUUCUUUUUUUUGUUCAUAAAGGAAUAAUAAGCAGGUCACCUUCUUGUUUCUGUUUUGUGCAAGAUAAAUAACUUCAUCAUGUGAGGAACUCAGAAAUGGUUUACAAAAACUACUUCUGAAGUUCUUUGGAAAACAGUUAUUUUUUACUAAUGUAAAGAAACUAAUUUGGUUGUAAUUGUCAUGUGGUAAGGCAAGUGAUUGGAUUUGGAAGUGAAACUCAAUUCUGUGCUUUCAUCAAUGAAUCUUGCCUCUGGUAAGCUGACAGUCUGGGGUGGGGUAUAUCUGGUGAGAAUGGGUAGGACCAAAUGCAGUGUUCUGUAGGAGGAAAAUACAGGUCCUAAAUAUCCAUGUAUUUUCUCGUGCUGUUGCAAGACACAUUCUUUUUCUUAACCUUCUCAAUGCCUCAGGUUUUCAUCGAGACAGUCAAGGAGGAGGAGUAGAAGGAAUGCUACAAUUUUGAGAGUUGUAAGUAGGAUAAAGUGCUGAUUAAGCAAUGUAUCAGAAAUCCUGCUUCUUUCUUGUCAGGAAGCAGUCUGGAGAUAAACCUCUUAGCCAAGACUCUACCUGUGUGUUACCUAGAUAGGAUCACAGAACAUGGCAGGCUCUAAUCUCAGACCACAGUCCAAGCAUGUGCUUUUCUAUAUCACUGAUCUUCAGUCCUAAACUUGAUAUUCUGCUAGCAAACUGUGAUAUUUCUUCUGAAUGAAGGAAAAUCGUGGAAGUGCAAAAAGUCUGUUCCACAGGCUAGUGGGUCUUCAGUCUCAGCUCUGCCGUUCGUUACACUUUUGUGAUUGUCAUAAGCUGUUCCUUCUCAGGGUGAGUAGACUAUUCACUGCUAUUUUAUAGGACAUAUUUUAAAGCUGAUCCAAAUUCUGAGAUCAGAUGUCCCAAAAAAAUAGAUCUGUGGUCCAAAUCAAACAUACUUCGGUGUCUGAAAAAAAAUCAGCACUUUAUAAAUGGAAUGCUUAAGCAAUAAUUUUAGAGGUUCUUAUUAAAAAAAAUGUGCUGCCUGUAUAUUGGCAUAGCACUCCUGCUAAUGUGUUAACUAAAGCCUUAGGUUAUGUAAACAUCUAAGUGGUUCUGAACUUGUGUCUGAGUAGUGUGAUUUCUGCAGCUCUGAAGAGUUAGGUGUAAGUCAUCACUGUAACCUUCUUGGCAAAAUCCCAUCUAAUUUUGUGCUGAGUUGUUUCUGAUCUGUUUCUGACAAUCUAGUUAACUCUCAAGACUACACACAAUCCUGUGCAGAGCUGGUUUUUUGUUGUUUCUUGUGAACAGAGACAGGCAUGGAUGACCAGACAUCUGGUGUUCUUGCUGUAUUGGGCUAGUAUCUUCUUUAUACGUUUUAUAACAGGAUUUGCUAGUACAAGUUCUGAACUCUUCAGCUUUUCCUCUUAUGUUACUUUAGUAAGCAAAUUUUCAAAUUGGGAAGUUCUCCAUGGAGUCUUUCUGAUGGUAGUGGAGUAGAAUCUACAAGAAAAUGUCACUGUGUAUUGCAAGUUCAGUGUUUGUCGUUCAGGGAUUUCAAAGUUAAGUUCUUUUUUCUCCCUUUCUAUUCUCUGAUGUCAUUGUUACUGUUCUUUGGAUAUUUUUCCUUUUUUUAGCCCCUUCUGCUGUCACAAACCCAUCCUCCAGAAAAGAAGCACAGAAGUCUCUGUAUUCAAUGAUGAUGUAUUCUGGAUUAGCUGCAGGAAUGCUGUCACAUCCAAGAAUAUCCAACCUGUUUAUGUUCUUUAAGGGUCUACCUGACGCUGGUUGGAGUGGGAUUUUUUUGUUAUUGUUGUUUUGUUUUUCUUUUGUUUUAGUCCUACAUUGGUUGUGCCUUCCCUGGUCUGCUUUCACCAGAAGACUAGGUAGAACACUGAUAACACUCUCUCUGUCAGAGUUAGGGAUGGUAGCUGGUAGCAUGCUGGUAGCCCACUGUUAAACACAUUCUUUACCUCAAUUUUUGCCAAAAUAUGAAGCAUAGGUGUAAGUCCAGUUUCCCACAAAGUGUAAGAGAAUGGCGAGUGCUGUUAGAUGCAUAUUCUAAUGGUUUUUGAAAUAUGUCGAGAGCUUUUAAGCAAUCUGGAAUAAAAGGCUCUGUACAAUGACUUGUUUCUUGGGAGCUUUGCACAUUGUCAUGCUCAGAUGUUCUCCCAGUGGGAAAGCCAACUCAACGAACAAGAAAUUCAAGAGUAAGAAGAUGGCUCAGCUCUGAUGUUGCAGUUGUUUGCAGAGGGGAGUGUACAUUCUUUGUUGUAACUGCUGAUUGAGUCUGGGGUUUGCCUAAUUUUAAUACCUGAUCGUACUGCUAAAUCACAGAAUGUGUCAGGUUGGAAAGGUUCACACUGAGUCAUUUGGUCAAACCACCCUGCUGAAGCAGUCAUCCUAGAGAACAUGGGACAGGAUUGUGCCAAGAUGGUUCUUGAAUAUCUCAGUGCAGGUGACUCCACAGUCUCUCUGGACAACUGUUCCAGCUCUCAGUCACCCACACAGUGAAAAACUUCCUCAUAAUUGGGUGGAACUUCCCAGGCAUCAGUUUCUGCCAUUUGCCUCUUGUGGUAUUGUUCAGCACCACAAAGAAAAGCCUGGCUCCACCCUCUUGACACCCUUCCUUUGGAUACUUACAGACAUUGAUGGGGUCUCCUCUCAGUCUUCACUGGCCUAAACAGCCCAGCUCCCUCAGCCUCUUAAGUGAUGUGAUCCACUUAUCAUUGUUGCCCUCUGCUGGCAUGGCUCCAGGAGCUCCAUGCCUUCCUUGUUCUGAGGAACCCAGAACUUCCCCAGGUGCAGGGCCCUGCAUUUGCUCUUGUUGAAUUUCAGAAGGUUCCUCUCUGUCCAUCCCUCCACUCCAAUGAGAUCCUUCUGAAGGGCUGAAAGCACUCUGGGGUAUUGGCUGCUCCUCCCAGCUGGGUGUCUGAAUUUGCUGAGAGGCACUAUACCAGCCACCACUGCAACCAAGAGACUGGACAGUCAGUUCUGAGCAGCAUGAACUAUAAUUCUGUUUGUUCUUUACAUUCUCGGCAGCUUUGCCACUUAGGAGCUGGACCAGAUGUGGAAGUUAGAAAUUUUAUACAUGUCCAAGUUCUAACUACUCCCUUCAAAUACUAGAAUAAAUUUUUAUAAAAUAGAGAUUUAAGAGACCUUCAGGUAAAACUCAGUUAAAACUUUGGCAACAAAGUCAAGUAUCAGAGCCUUAACUAUUCUGAACAGUAAAUACUGUAAUGUGCUAAACUUACAAAUAAAGGCUUUAGGGUUUUAAUAUGUCUUGUAUAACUUACAGACACAGUUGGGCAUUGCAGGACUUUUUGAGUGGAUAUAGAAUUGUGUUGGAAGUGGAUCCAGUACAAUACUCAAGGACAAACUUUUUAUCUUCAUGUGCAGUGGUUUGAGCUUUUCCUGUUCAACCAUUUAAACAGCAGUAAUUCUUGGAGCUACCUUUACUAAAAUGGGCUUUAAAAACCUGUAUUUUGUCCCUGGGUUUUGAAAAUGCCUUGUUUUUGUCAGAUACCUGUAGACAUCACAUUUCUAUGCAGUAAUAAGCUAUAAAGAGAGCCUAUAUUUCAAUAACAAGGGAAUACCUCAAUAUAAAGAACUGUGUUCUUUAGUCUUCAGAAACAGAAUUAAUUUAUCUGAAUAAC